AAUGGCCUCCACCAAACUUAAAAGUAAAAUCUGGCACUGCUGUAGUAUUUUGAGCGAUUGCGACUAUCGUGUUUAUUUUCAUCGAUACUCGAGAUUAGUGAAAACUUCAUCUAGAAAACUUCUCAAUUUACACAACAAAAAAUGGGAGCUAACGCGUCUCAGCUUGAAAAAGAAAUCGGAUCUGAACAAUUUCCGACGAAUGAACACUAUUUCGGACUUGUAAAUUUUGGGAAUACUUGUUAUUCAAAUUCUGUCCUUCAAGCUCUAUAUUUCUGCAAACCUUUUCGUGAAAAAGUGUUGGAAUAUAAAAUGAAGAACAAGAGAUCCAAAGAAACAUUGUUGACAUGUCUAGCUGAUCUCUUUCAUAACAUUACUACCCAGAAGAAAAAGGUUGGGACAAUAGCUCCCAAAAAGUUUAUUGCUAGGCUGAAGAAAGAAAAAGAAGAAUUUGAUAACUAUAUGCAACAAGAUGCCCAUGAAUUUCUAAAUUUCUUGAUCAAUCAUAUCAGCGAAAUCAUAACAGCUGAACGACACCAAACAAACAAUUCAGCGACACCGACAACUAAUGGAAAGGUUCAGAAUUCUAAAGAUCCCUGUAACGGAUCCGCGUCUCUGAAAUUUGAUGGCAGUAACGGUUCGAUGACGUCCACUGGAAACCAUGAAUCAACGUGGGUUCAUGAAAUUUUUCAAGGAAUCCUCACCAGUGAAACUCGCUGCUUAAACUGCGAAACUGUCAGCAACAAGGAAGAAGAUUUUUUUGAUCUGCAGGUUGACGUUGACCAAAAUACUAGUAUUACCCAUUGUUUAAGAACAUUUUCGUCCACUGAAACCCUUUGUACUGACAACAAAUUCAAGUGUGAUGUUUGCAGUUCUUAUCAAGAAGCUCAGAAAUGCAUGCGAGUGAAGAAACUUCCUUUGAUCCUUGCACUGCAUCUCAAGCGGUUCAAGUACGUCGAACAGUACAAUCGUCACAUAAAAGUUUCACAUCGAGUGGUGUUUCCACUUGAGCUGCGGCUAUUUAACACUUCUGAAGAAUGCCCUGACAGAUUGUAUGACUUGGUAGCAGUAGUCGUCCAUUGCGGAAGCGGGCCCAACCGUGGUCAUUAUAUAUCAAUUGUCAAAAGUCACGACUUUUGGCUGUUAUUUGACGAUGAUAUAGUUGACAAAAUUGAUCCGUCUGCAUUGGAAGAUUUCUAUGGUCUAACGUCAGAUGUACAAAAAGCCUCAGAAACUGGCUACAUCCUUUUUUACCAAUCUCGAGACACAUCCUGAAAAUGAACAAUGUAUGGAUAUGAAGAGUUCUUGUUAUCAACCAACUCCAAGAGUACCAAGACGCGCGUAAUACAUCAGGAGAAGGAAUAGUAAUAAGAAAUUAAGAAUGAACAAUUUAAGGUUGUUGGAUAGAAACUUUUCAGUGAAAAGUGUUCUCCUUGUAAAUGAAAAAUAUCCUAGAGGUUUGUUAAUAGUGAUAUUUCAUUUGUUCAGUAAUAAAAUUAUAAACUCUU